UGGGUAGGAACGACGGUGCGCACGUGAUGACAAUUCGCAACUGCAUGGAGGGCGCGUCCAUGUUUGUGGUUGUCCGCCGCCGGGCAGCCGUUUCAACGAAACGUCGAUUGCUGCUGGUUGGGCGCAAGUUUGCUUCGACCCUAUGGAUAGCGACGCCGAAGCAGAAGAAAUCGCAUCCGACGAAGAUGUCGCCGGUGUGGAAGACGACCAAGCGUACAGCGUGGACUUUGAAGAGGACUUGGUGCCGUCUCCCGUCAAACCCGCCAAGAAGCCAGCACCAACUCCGACCAACACUAUAGUUGCACCGAUUCCGUCGGCGAAGAUCUCACCUCCACCGCCGCCACCAGCCGUUGACGAUGAUGAAGAACCCGACUACGGUGACGACGAGUUUGAAAACGACGACGACAACGGGGGAUACGGCGACGCAUCAUUUGAGAACGAGAGCGGUCGCACCAGUAGCCCCCGACACCAUGUGAACCUCUCGGUCCCAACGAGACCCCCGUCUCCCCCUCGAACGAUCGAGAAAUCCCCGCCCAAGCCCGCGAAGCCAGCUCAGCUCCCUCCGUCACCACGCCUCGCGAGAAUUGAGGAAGAGACGGGGCCUCCCACGAGGGAAGCUAGUCGAUCCCUGCGCCAUCGGGAGACUCAGCUCUUGGACGAAAACGACGAGCUAAAGUACCAGCACGGCCAGCUCCUGCGAGCCAACAACGAUCUCAAGAACGAACUCAAGUUCCUUCAACAGCGCCACGUCGAUGAAAAGCGGCUGCGCUCCGAAAAGUUCCAGCAAAAGAAACGACGCGCGGACGAGCGACGGCUCCAGCAUGAACUCGUGCUCGCCACGACCAAACAGACACUCCAGGACGUGGAAGCCAAGUACGUAGCCCUUGAGGGAGCCAUGGCGACCCAGUCGCUAGCAUUAGCAACUUUGCAGGACACGUACGAUACGUGCGUGGCCGAAAAACGUGAGGUCGACGGCCGACACCGUGUGCUGUCGGACAAGUAUCAAGAGGCGCUUCAGGAUAUCCAUUCGUUGACCGGCAAACUCGAAGCGGCGGUCGACGCGCGGCAACAAAUCCAACUGAAGUUCGAACAGGCGCUCGUAGACAACAAGGUCGCGAUUGCUGUCGUGGAGCAGCGGUGUUUGGUCAAACUCCAGUGCAUGCAAGAGGCGAUGGACAAGGCCAGGGCCGAGCGGGACCAGGAGCGCCUCGAAUUGCCCGAAAACUACCGGCUCAUCGUCGACGCCCACCGUGAACGCUACGAGAAGCUCGAGGAAAAGUUACUCCAAGACAAACGCGAAUUGGACGACAGAAUGACACGAGAACGCGAGCGCUUUGACAAGGCAUUGGCAUUGGCGCAGAGCCUGCGAAUACAAGCCGAAGAGCGCGCGGACGUGCGAAUUCGAGACGAAGCCAUCAAAGUCAUGCGCGAACGCGAUGUUAUCGACGAGCAACGACGGCAACUGCUCACGAGUUUGGCGGCGCAGAACGCCAGGAUGGACGAAGAACGGGGCAAGUUGGACGCGCUGCGUACGCAACUUGAGGAAAGACGUUUGAAAUUGGUGCGUGUGUUGGCAGACAGUGUGCUGCAAUGCCAACGCUGCUUUGGACGACAUAGGUGCAGGACGAGGUCAAUGUGGAAGCUCAAGCCAAGCAAUGCCACGACAGGCUCUUGCAACUUGGACGGGACGAAGAUAUUAUCAACUCGCGGAAGCGGGAAGUGAUGGCGCUAAGUGCGUCGACCCUGGAAAAGUCUCGAGCCCAAUCGGUGCGACAGAUCUCUCGUGCUUGGGUCUUGGUUUCCACGAGUGUGCGACUAGGAGAUGGCGCAAGCGCUGGAGACGCUGCAGGUCGCCCAUGCGGAGCUUCAGGACAAGUUUAACGCGUUGUCCAAGCAAGCUACACAGCAAACUGCCGACAAUGACCACAAGUUCCAGCUCGUUGAACGUGAAAAGUCGGCUCUCGAGCGUGCGAACGCUGCCUUGAACCAUGAAAAACUCCAGCUGGCCAAGGCUCGCAUGGAAUGCCGACAAAUGAUGGAAGGCACACGGAAGUUGGACUAUUUAUUGAGGCAGCAGGCUGCGCUGGGCAACAUUUACGUGCACCCGCCGUCGAAUUACGUCAAGCCGCCCGCGUCCUGGAGCGUCGCCUUCGACGCCGACAAGGAAGCCAGCAUGUAUUGAUGACGCUUCUGUUCGAACGUGGAAUGGUGCAAUUUUCCAGCACAUAAUAGUACUGCAAAUAAUCAAUUUAAAAGGGCC